UGUCAUUCGCAACAGCGUAUUCAUACUGAUCAAAGAUAAUGAUGUCGUGGACAGACUCAAAUGAAAUAAAUAAUCAGCAAUGGCCCGAGGAUCUGUCAAACGUACAUAUCCUCCAACAACCUGCUCCUCAGGCAACCACUAUUUUACAGCAGUCUCCAGCAGCAGUGUCUUCACCUUUUGCCUUGGUGCGUCCAGGACACAUCAGAGAGGAUCUGGUUGAACUGAUGAUGAUGCAGAAUGCACAGAUGCAUCAGGUUAUCAUGAAUAACAUGACCAUGUCUGUACUCAAUACUUUUGACUACACGCAUACACCUGGGACAAGGCUCGAUGUGGAUUUAGAGGAGGAGCCUGAUGUUUACCAUCAUUAUUACCCCCCUGUGCCCAGCCUCUUUUACCCGGGUUGGGUUCCUUUACCUCAGCCACUGAUUCAAGCACCAUCUCCUCUUCUCCAGAACACCCAGGACCCAUCACAACCUGCACAGCCUAUUCGGACAGAAUACAGAGACAGGAAAGCUGUUCCACCCCCACCUCCACCCAGUGCUACACAGACUGUUGGUGCUGACAUCCCACCUGCACCAGAGUUUUAUGAUGCAGAGAAAGGGCAGUGAUGAACAGUUUUUCUUAUGGGAUACACAGAACUCAUUCUGCCUUAAUUUUACUGGUAUUUUACCAUGUAUUGUGCAAGCUAAUUUUAUUUAACUGCAUGUUAAGUACUACAUGCAUUUAUUUUAGUUUUUUAACACCAUUUGAUGUACCCUGUUUAAUAUUUGGUUUAUGAAAACAUACUUUUAUUGAGCAUCCUAUUAUAUUCAAUUUCUGAGAGUUGCUGAAUUUGUUAUUGUAUUAAUGGGCCCUCUUUCAAUUGUAGGAUCUCAGACAGUUGUUAUAAUUUUCUAUAGAUUUAGUGUAUUGUUUUUCAG